UUUAGAAAAUUCUAUCUAGGAGGUCGGUUUAGAAGGCCACUCUUAAUAGAAGGCCACCCUAAAAAGUUUGAUCCGACGGGACACAAGAGAAAGCCAUGCCCUUCUAUUCUGGGGGGGGGUUUACUUAAAUGGUAACGAGAUUUACAACAGUUUAUAUUAUUUAAAUAAACGUUUUCAUUUGCUAAUUAAAAAUUGUUGCCUCCAUUUCAAAUGUUCAUUUCGUAUUCGAUUGGAUUAUUUAUUUGAUGAUAUUAUUCCAUAUAUAAGUACAAAACAAAUUAAAGCAUUAACAAUAGAACAAGGAAAUCAAAAAUAUUUCCAAUCACAAUCUGAUUUGAUGAAAUGGUUUUAUGCACUUAUCAAUAAAAAAAGUAAGACUUGGUGCCGUGCGAUUCAUUAGCAUUUGCUGUAUUGGAGAAGACAAUCUCGAUUGCGCCAUAAUUGAGGUUGAACAAAGGAAAACGAAGGGACAUUUGUCAAGUUUGCUAGAGAUGAGGAUGAAAUUAUUUUGGUAUAGCUUUUUCAGAAAAAAAUUCCUGAGACAUGUGGCUAUUUGGUGUGAAUUAUUUUUCUAGAAGUCUUUUUUGUUUUGGAUGUCUCAUACAUGUAGUGCAAAAAUACAUCUCUUUUUCUAGAUCAUUUCUUUAUAAUCAACGCACGAAACUGGAUCAGCUUGCAAACACUCAGACUAAUUUACAGUGGACAAGACUAUUGGAAAGUGCAGAAUUUGGAAGGCAUUAUAGAAAACUUAAAUAAGUUUCCAAAUUUGAUACAUCUAUCACUUCAAAUAUGUGGCGAAUACCUCAGCAAUCAAUUAAAUCUUACAAAAAUAUUUCGUUUAACAAAUUUAAAAUAUUUAUCAUUAUUGAGUGAAAAUGGUAUUAUACCAAAGUUUGAUGAACUUCAACUAUCAUCAUAUAAACACCCGUCAUCAAUCGAAUAUUUAACAAUCAAAAACAGUGGUUUCCACUUCAGUGAAUUGAGAUCAUUAUUUGCCUAUAUGCCUAAAUUAAAAUAUUUAGAGCUAAAUUUAAUUAAGCCUCUUAGUUCGAUAUCUGCCAAUAGUAGUCAGCAACCGUCAUUUGUGAUACCACAAGAUUUAAAAGAAAUUAAACUAAAGUUCAAUGUGAAACUUAUUUCAACUAAGGAGAUCAUUUCACUAUUAACACAAGUAACAAAAUUAGAAAAAUUAACAGUAAAUAUUCAAUACGGAUUUGACAUUAAUGAAAUAUCAAUAGAAACACUAUUUUGGACAUCGUUACCAUUACUAAAAUCAUGUCGAAUUUCAUUCACUGAUACCCUAUUUGGCCGCUAUUUCUCAUUAAAUCGUUUAUUGUUCAAGUUGUUAUUUUUCGAAUUAUAUUCACCGAAACUAUUUGGAGGCCGCAGUUAUAAAGAGAAAAAUGUUGGAGCUAUCAGUAUAUAUAAAAUUAAUUAUAAAAUUACCGCUUGGUAAGUCACAUCGAAACGUUUAGCAAAAGGUCUCCCUUCACUAAAAUAGUUUCGGAUUUUGAAUGCCAAGAGAUAGGUUCGAACCUCCUGACGUUACUCUAUAAAACUAUAUAAAUCUCGGGAUUCCAACUAACAUGGUUCAGACACUGUAGUGUUUUCCGAGGACCUACCUAUUGGCUAAACUUCAAUCUUGGGAACUUCCAAAACACGUGAAACAUAGGUUCUCGAUUCCUGAAAAUCUGUCUGUUGUCAUAAAUAAAAUAUUUAUACUUAAUGCCAUUUUUUUCUAUAUUCUUGGUUUAAUAAUAUAUGCUGAUUGAAAGAAUGUCGUAACAUCAAACAAUACCGGUUAAAUAUACCAGUCAAUUAAGCGCAUCGUUUUAUUUCGUGGUUUUCGAGCAAGUUUUCUAGAAGCCUUGAGCAUAAAGGUCUUCAAAUAAUAAUUUUUUUCUUGAUACUUAUGCAAGUGAACUCUUUUCUAUACCCGUGGAUUUGUAGAGCAAACUUUUCUGAUCAAAAUAAGACGUCGCACAACUCUGUAUGACCUUGUAUCAACAAGUUAAAAGCAUUUUCUUACAUGUCCUAAAACAGACCAACCAAUGCACAGCGUUUUCUCUCAGAACACGUUCUGAACAUGCCCAGUGUGGAACACUUUUUUUAAAUAGAGUUGAGUGAAUUGUAUUGGCAUUGUACCGUUUCAAAAAAAAACCGAAAAAAAACAAUUUACUAAUAAAAAAAUUCUAAAUCAUAUAUUAGAUAGUACUACUUUCGAGGUUUAUGGAAAAAAAAAUUCCCAGCACUUGGUCGUAUAUUCGCUGAGAAAUUUGAUUUUUUUCAAGAGCUAUACAGUCUCUGAGUAUUGUCAGUAAAUGGACUUAGAAGAAUGGACUCGGAUGUUUUUUGAAUAACAUUUGCUAGAAAGUAGUUUAGUUUAAUUAAUUUAUUUAACGAGGAUUGUAGUAUAUAAAAAAACUUUUCCUCUCUACAUAUACCAAUAGAUAGAGUAGCACAAGAAGUAAAGAAUGUUAAGUGAAUCUUUUAAUGUCAACGAUGUAUUUGUGGACAUUAUUUACGAUAAGGAUGUUUUGUUCUGAGGUAAGGUUAAUUGACCCUUUUAGAAUGAGUUCAGUAGUUGGUGGUAUUGCGGUAAUCGAUUUUAUAUUAUUCAACAAUAUAGAUCUUU